ACUUAAGGACUAUUUUGAUUACCCGAAUAUUAUAUUGUCCCGAACAAGAACCAGUCUGAUUUAGAAUAUUUGAUCUUCAGAGGUUAACACUUCCAACCAUAGAUGUAAAGGGUGAGGGUUUAAUCCAUUCUGAUUAAAUCCUAAAUAAUCAGUUAUUUGUAUUUUUAUAUCAUUGUGUUACUUCCCAAAAAAGACACAUUUUAGACCAAGUAGGACUUGAUUUAUAGAUUACUGGGAGGUUGGUAAAUACAAAGUUGUCAUGGGGGUGGAGUAACGAUGAGAAGUAAUGUGCUUCCCAGUAAAUGAAAAUGAAAGUCAAUCUGUCGACAGAGCGUCCGAAUUCAACUUAAGACAGAGCACACCCAGUGAAGUUCAUAAAUCUGUGGAAUUAACAGAGAAAAACAUGGCUACAGCCAGCAGCCUCCUCUGUGAAGAUCAGUUUCUGUGUUCCAUCUGUCUGGAUGUCUUCACUGAUCCAGUCACCAUACCAUGUGGACACAACUUCUGCAAGAACUGCAUCACUGAACACUGGGAUAGCAGUGGCCAUUGUCAGUGUCCCAUGUGUAAAAAAGAUUUUCCCAGCAGACCUGAUUUGCAUAUCAACACCUUCAUAUUGGGGAUGACUGAUAAGUUCAAACAAACUCUAAAGGAAGCCAGUAGAUCAGAACAACAACAACAGGCCAACCAAGGAGAGGUUCUGUGUGAAAUCUGCACUGAGACCAAACUGAAGGCUCUCAAGUCCUGUCUGGUGUGUCUGACCUCCUACUGUGAGACUCACCUGGAGCCUCAUCACAGAAUCACAGGCCUGAAAAGACACAAGCUGAUCGAUCCGGUGGAGAACCUGGAGGACAGGAUGUGUAAGAAGCAUGACAGACCUCUGGAGCUGUUCUGUAAGACAGACCAGAUGUGUGUUUGUCACUUCUGCACUCAGUUGGAUCACAAAUCACACAUCUUUCUCCCUCUGAUCGAGGAAUAUGAGACAAGGAAAGCUGAUCUAGCGAUGACAAGGAAUGAUGUUGAGCAGAUGAUCCAGGAGAGACGACUGAAGGUUGAGCAGAUCAAAGAGUCGGUGAAGCUGAGUAAGGAAGACGCAGAAAUAGAGGCGGCAGCCAGUGUGCAGGUGUUCACUGCUCUGGUCCAGUCUGUAGAGAGAGGUCUGGCUCAGCUCAUUGACACCAUUAAAGAGAAGCAGAAAGCAACAGAGAGACAGGCUGAAGGCUUCAUCAAAGAGCUGGAAGAGGAAAUCUCUGAGCUGAUGAAGAGAAGCUCUGAGGUGGAGCAGCUCUUACACACUGAGGACCACCUCCGCUUCCUCCAGAGCUACUCAUCAUCACUGAACACUGCUCCACCCACCAAAGACUGGACCGAGGUGGGAGUUCACUCAUCGCAUGAGGGGGCCGUGAGGAGAGCUGUGGCUCAGCUGGAGGAGACCAUCAGUAAAGAGGUGAAGAAGCUGAGUGCUGAUGCUGAACUGAAGAGGGUCCAGCAGUUUGCAGUAGAUGUGACUCUUGAUCCUGAAACAGCAAGUAUCCAGCUCCUCCUGUCUGAUGAUGGAAAACAAGUCAACCAUCAAGACAUAGCACAGAAUCUUCCAGACAGUCCGAAGAGAUUCUCCUGUUAUUCAGUUCUAGGAAAGCAGAGAUUCUCCUCAGGAAGAUUUUACUUCGAGGUUCAGGUUAAAGAGAAGACUGACUGGUAUGUAGGAGUGGCCAGAGAGUCCAUAGGCAGAAAACCGACGCUGACAUCAAAGACUGACUUCUGGGCUCUUCGUUUGAGAAAUGAAAGUAAAUAUCAAGUAGUUGACUCUAUAGGUGUUGUCUCUUCAAAUCAUCAGACUCUGAAGUCCCAGCCUCAGAAGGUGGGGGUGUUUGUGGACUAUGAGGAAGGUCUGGUCUCUUUCUAUGAUGUAGAUGCAGCAGCUCUCAUCUACUCCUUUACUGGCUGUAAUUUCAAUGAGGGACUCCACCCUUACUUCAACCCUUGUCAUAACAAAAAUGGUACAAACUCCACUCCUCUGAUCAUCUGUCCAGUCAAACAUACUGACUAGACUCAACACUGUAUUUCCAGAGAUGAUCAACUGUCAGUCAGUCUUCAGCCCUUACAAAGUUUAAGAAGAAUUUAUUCCACAAUCUAAAUCACAGGUCUUCAACAAGGGGAAGUACUGCAGGGGGGGGGGGUUGCAAAAUCAGUUUUUUUUUUCCUUUUCUUUUUUUUUCCAACACAAAUUUAAAUUUCUGUAAAUACACAUUAACAUGAAUCCAACAUAUUUUGCUAAAGGGAUAAAUGGAGGCAGUGGACGCUAUUUUUAAGUCAACAGUCUCAACAGUGUCGUUUCACACAGACACCACACUAGAUCUGUCAAUCUAAGCUUCCUGUUCGCAAUAGGACCUUCUCCUAUAACUGUUGAGCCAAUCACAGGGCCACAUAUUACACGCUGACUGUCAGGUUCCGAGAACCUAUUCAGUCCCCAGGUAGAAGAGAAAAGGUGUUCUGAACUGCAUUUAUUCACUGAAGUAAUCACUUUAUUUUCUGCUGCUUGAAUCUUACUUGUUAAAUCUUGUCAUUAAAUGCACUUAUUAAUAAAACGCUCUGGAAGGAACUAUUCCGUGUGAGUAUUUUCACUUUAAGACUUUAAAGGCAGCACAUCAAGCUCUUUGUGAGUCUCUGUCUGUAUACACUUACGA